AUGUCGGGCCUCGCAGUCGGAUCGUCCGCGGCGGCUGACGAAUCCCUGUCUGUCGGCGCCAUUAACGAUAUCGAGCUCGACAGCACAGGCGCAGGAUCUCCCCCUCCAACCACUCUCGAGGCGUCGAUAAGUUUCGACGCCGCUGCAACCAACGCAGGAGCCUCCGUACCUGCGCCGACAUUUCGCGCGGAUGCAGGUCACACCAAUCCUGCAGCUCCACUCACAGCGAUUGAUCAAGCCCAUUCAGGUUCAUCGAUGUCACUGGACGCGGCUCUAGGACAAGUCCUCGUGAUCAGCGGAGGCAGCGGCUUCAACGACCUCGUUGGCGCAACACCGGGAGCCACCUAUGUCAUGCCCAUCUCGGACAAUGGUGGCUCCUCAUCUGAGAUCAUCCGUGUUCUCGGCGGUCCAUCCAUCGGAGACCUUCGCUCUCGUCUGAACCGACUCAUCCCCACCCCAUCAAGACACGAUCCGACCAUUCCUUCAGCAUCCUCGUCCUCCCCGCCUCCACCUCAGUCUAACGAAGCCAUUCACAAUCUCCUCUCCUAUCGUCUUCCAUCUCAUGGUCCAUCAAAGGAGAUUAAGCAGGAAUGGAUGGAUAUCCUUGAAGGACGACAUCGUCUUUGGCGCGGCAUCGAGCCUGAACGCAAAGAAGUCAUUCGAGGUUUCCUCGUCCACUUUGAGAGCGAAGUGCUACGACGUGCGCAUCGACACUUCAACUUUCGCGGUGGGUCCAUCGGCAACUUCUUCCUUGCGGCUGCUCAGAAGUUCUUCCGCUCGAUCCAGAGCGCCAUCUUUCUGUUCUCGGCGACAACGCAGAUCAGCACGAGUUCGUUGGCGAGCAAAGUAUUGCCGGUGAUCAACACCAAUCAUACUGCGACAAUUGCGGCCGAGUUGGAGGACGGUGAGAUGAUCGUGGGGCAGUGUGAGAUUUCGCACCCCGCGCCCAAGCCGGUCAAAUCGAGUGGUGGGAAGGGUGAUGCUGCCGCGAAAGCGGGUACGCCAUCAUCUUCGAUGUCGGGCGUUCCGCAGCCGCAGCUGCUGCUGCCGCCGAAUCACGACUUACUGGCGGCUGACGCAAUGCAAGGUCUCGGCCUGAGUGACGGUGGGCCGUCAACACCCGGCUUCGGUCCUCCUGCGCACUAUCACAUCAACGAGCCGUUUGUUUCGUCGAACUACACCUCGGUGAACGGUAGCACUGAUGCAACGAAGGCAGGAUCAUUGUCAGGCACACCAGCUAGGGUCAAUCCUGCAGGCCAUAGUCCACUGUUUGCUCAACUGGUCGAUGAGCGGGCCGCAGCAUACGCCGCACAGGCCAGGAAAGGCCUCACCACCGUCGGCAAUCAAAAAGACGGUCUAGAUCCUGCGGAUGACGAUCAAGAGUCGCAAGACGGUCUCGAUCAACUCGACUCGCCCCACGACGGCAGUGCUGCUGAGGACGACCAUUCGCUCGAUCGGACCACUCUUCGCGACACUGCGUCAAAACGAGUCUCGUCCCCACGCCGUUCCCGCUCGACGCGACCAGAAAAGACCGGCAACAUCAUCUUCACCAAAAGCGAAUCCGACACAGAGCCCGCGCUGCCAUCGCCCAUCAGACGUGUCCUCUACGUCAACGCCUACCGAAACGAAAUCUACCCCGCCCCCAACCCAUCUUUCGUCAUCGCGCUGACACGCAGUCGUACCGUCAUCUACUCGUGCGGCUCGCUAUGGACCUCCAUCAUCCCGUGUCUCUCUCUCCGCAGCAUCGCCACAAGCAUCGCCACUUCGGCAUCCCUCACGUACAAAGUACUGCUGCUCAACUCGGUUCAAGAUCGAGAGACGCGCGGGAUGAACGCGGUCGACUUUAUCGAGGCUAUCUGUCGAAGUCUGAACGAGAGCGAUAGUCCAAAUUCGAAGGGCGAGUGGGAGGCGAGACGGCUGAUUUCGCACGUCGUGUACUUCAAAGAUGGUCAGAUCGAGGUGGAGAAAGAGAGGUUGGAGGAGAUGGGGAUCAGGUGUAUGCUGGCAGAGUCGACGUUGACGAGUAAGGAUGGCACUCCGAAGUUCGAUGAGGAUAGUGUCAGGGAGGCGUUGUGCAAGAUCACGUUGGGUGAAUGA